CGCGCCGUGUCCGUGGGCGCCGUGUCCGUGGGCGCCGCGCCGGGCCGGGCCCAUGUGCGGGCGGCCCGUCCCAGGCCGCCCGGGCUCCGCCUCCGCCAGCGCCCUGGCCCCCGCCGGGGCCUCCGAGGAGCCGCCGCGUCGCCCGGCCCGUGGGGCAGAUGAAGAGAUUAUAAAUCUUCCACUGAAUGAAAAAAUUUUUCUUAAAGUUGCAUAUACUCCAAGAAAAAAACAUAAUUUUUUAAAUAUUUUGCCUGAAUUCAAAAUUUAAACAAGAAGCUUCAACAGAAGUCCUUUUUUAGGAUCCUGCUAGAAAAACUUGUCCCAUUUGGUUUAUGGGAACUUGUGGUCCAUCCAGCCACUCACCCACUCUAUGGCUAAAAGCAGUAUUCACAGACGCCUCCUCUAGCUGCCCUGUCUUCUCUGUGGCUGUCAUCAUGUUCUGGAAGUUUGAUUUGAACACCACGUCCCAUGUCGACAAGCUGCUGGAUAAGGAGGAUGUGACACUGCGUGAGUUAAUGGACGAAGAUGACAUCUUGCAGGAGUGCAAGGCUCAGAACCGGAAGCUGCUGGACUUCCUCUGCAGGCAGCAGUGUAUGGAGGAGCUGGUGAGCCUCAUCACACAGGACCCACCCCUGGACAUGGAAGAGAAGGUCCGCUUCAAAUAUCCAAACACAGCUUGUGAGUUGCUGACGUGUGACGUGCCACAGAUUAAUGACAGACUAGGAGAGGACGAGACUCUGCUGAACCUUCUUUAUGACUUCUUGGACCAUGAGCCACCUCUCAAUCCUCUGCUUGCCAGCUUUUUCAGCAAGACCAUUGGCAAUCUCAUUGCACGAAAAACUGAACAGGUGAUUGUGUUCUUGAAGAGGAAGGACAAAUUUAUCAGCCUGGUAUUGAAGCACAUCGGCACCUCGGCCCUCAUGGACCUGCUGCUGCGCCUCAUCAGCUGUGUGGAGCCAGCUGGGCUCCGGCAGGAGGUUUUGCACUGGCUUAAUGAAGAGAAGAUCAUCCAGAGACUCGUGGAGUUGAUCCACCCGAGUCAGGAUGAAGAUAGGCAGUCCAAUGCUUCUCAGACUCUCUGUGACAUCGUCAGGCUGGGCAGAGAGCAGGGCAAUCAGCUGCAAGAGGCUCCGGAGCCAGACCCCCUCCUCACAGUGCUGGAGUCGCAGGACUGCGUGGAACAGCUUCUGACGAACAUGUUUGACGGAGAUCAGACUGAGAGCUGCCUCGUCAAUGGGACUCAGGUGUUACUUACCUUGUUAGAAACAAGGCGGGCUGGGACAGAGGGCUUGGUGGACUCCUUUUCUCAGGGACUGGAGAGGUUGUGCACUGUCAGUGGCAGCAUCCUGCACGGCAUUGAGCCACGGCUGAAGGACUUCCACCAGCUUCUGCUCAGCCCUCCAAAGAAAAAAGCAAUCCUGACCACCAUCGGUGUGCUGGAGGAGCCCCUGGGGAAUGCCCGUCUGCAUGGUGCCCGCCUUAUGGCUGCACUGCUGCACACCAACACCCCCAGCAUCAACCAGGAGCUCUGCCGACUCAACACCAUGGGCUUGCUGCUGGACCUGUUUUUUAAGUAUACCUGGAAUAACUUUCUGCACUUCCAAGUGGAGCUAUGCAUAGCCGCUAUUCUCUCCCAUACUGCCCAGGAGGACAGGGCAGAAGCCAGUGGACCCCAGAGCAGGGUUGAGCCUCUGCCUGGGAACAGGGACUCAGAGGCCCCCCAGCCUGCCGCCGGCCACCCCGAGAACACAAUGGUGACCCAUCUGUUCCAGAAGUGCUGCCUAGUCCAGAGGAUCCUGGAGGCCUGGGAAGCCAAUGACCACACACAGGCAGCAGGUGGCAUGAGGCGUGGAAACAUGGGCCACCUCACCCGGAUCGCCAACGCCGUGGUGCAGAACCUGGAGAGGGGCCCCAUGCAGACGCACAUCAGCGAGGUCAUCCGAGGGCUUCCUGCGGAUUGCCGUGGGCGCUGGGAGAGCUUCGUGGAGGAGACGCUGAGGGAGACGAACCGCAGGAACGCCGUGGACCUGGUAAGCACCCACCACCUUCACCCCUCGAGUGAGGAUGAGGACAUGGAGGGCGUUUUCCCUAACGAGCUGUCCCUGCAGCAGGCUUUCUCGGAGUACCAGGUCCAGCAGAUGACGGCCACCUUCGUGGAUCAGUUUGGCUUUAAUGACGAGGAAUUUGCAGACCAAGACGACAGUGUCAAUGCCCCCUUUGACAGGAUCGCAGAGAUCAACUUCAGCAUCGACGCUGACGAGGACAGCCCCAGUGCAGCUCUGUUUGAGGCCUGCUGCAGUGACCACAUCCAGCCCUUUGAUGAUGAUGAGGAUGAUGACAUCUGGGAGGAUAAGGAGACACACUGUACCACCCGAGUGACAGCCAGAGCCCGAUUUGGGGGCCCUCAUACCUCAGAGAGCUGCUCAAAGAACAGCCUGGAGCCUGGAGGCCAGGAUGGGAAGGAGGGCUCGGAAGCAGAUGGGGAUGCGGCUCGGGCAGGCACCCCUCCGGCCACUCCCCAGAAGGAAGGUCCCCGCAUGGAGGGUGACCCAGAAGGUGCCACGUGGACAAUGUUCGAUGAGCCAGUGAGCUCAACGACGCCAGCUCCAGGAGUGGCAAUGGACGUGGGUUCCAGUGUGUGGGCAGCCAGCACCCCCAGCGCCUCAGCUCUGGAAGAAAAAGGCUGGGCCAAGUUCACUGACUUCCAGCCUUUCUGCUGCUCCGAGUCGGGGCCCAGAUGCAGCUCCCCAGUGGACAGGGGCCGUGGCGAUGCCCAGGGUGGCCCGAACCAGGGCCGAGAGAGAACUGUUGGCCCAGCCUCCCCAUGUGCCUGGAAUGUGUGUGUUGCCAGCAAGGCCUCCCUGGUGGCCUCCAACAGCGACAAGGAUGAGCAGAAGGUGGUUGGUGCCUUGGAGGCUGUUAGCAUUGUUCCUGGCCGGGAGGCCUCCCCACUGCCCACAUCAGCCCCCAGGGCUGAGUGUGGUGCCAGCAUGCUGCCAGACCUCGCCUCCCCUGCACCUGCAGAAGUGACCUCUGCCCCAGCUAUGGCUGGCCCCACCCCGGCAGUCUCUCCUGUGCUGGCUAUGGCCAUCCCCCCGGGGCCCAUGGUGGCUAUCACCACCACAGCCCCACCCACGGCCAGCCCAGCUGUCUCCACAGUGGCCACCCUGGGGUCAGUGACAAAGGACAGGAAGAUGGAUAUGCCGCCGCCCACAGGAGCCACCCUAAAUGGCCCCGUGUGACGCUGCUGCCGCCCAGCCAUGGCGCGCCCUUAAUCAGAAAACUACCUGGUGAUGCAAUUUGUCUUUUUUAAUUUAAUUUAAGUUAAUUUUAAAAUAAAUGCUGCAUUGGUAAAGCUGGCAGUUGGAACCGGUCAGAAGGCCCAGCUUCGUCUCUCCUGCCUGGCCCCACACACAGCAAUAAGGCCUCAGAUGUGCCCUCUGCCUGCGGGAGCCGGGGGCCACAACCCCAAGACGCCAUGAGGACUGAGGGCUGUGACGUCACAGGCUCUGAGCCUCCAUUUUUACUGAUUUUUUAACAAACACAGGAAGAGCCGCGUGUUUGCACUUUGUAUCCAGCCGCAGUGAAGGGUCUCCCCUCCUCUGGGGACAAAUGCAGGUCUGGAGCUGGGCUGGACCAGACAAGGUCUUUGCUGCCCAGUGGCCCGAGGAGCUGGCCUUGAGCCAGGCUGCAAAAUUUGACUGCCUUAAAAAUACAAGACCCUCGCCUGGUGGGGAUGCCCCGGCCCCUCAUGCCCCAGUGUAUGGUGGGGGCACCUGGCAGGAGCUGGCCUCGGGCGUGCAGGAGGUGGGUGCAGUGGGUGCAGAGACUGCCUGCAACAGUGCUGGGUGGGGUGGGGUCUGCACCUGUUGGGAAGGGCAGGGCCGCAUCGUCCUGGAGGGGUCUGCAGGAUUACUUUAUGUUGAGUCCAUUUUUAUGAUAAUCUGACAGGGCACCCAGAAACCCAAUUCCCAAUAAAAUUUGUGUUAUUACUGACAAAA